AUGCGUCUCUCCAGGGCCAUUUGCGCCUUAUAUACUCCAGCUGUAGUCGCUGUCACUAUCGCUACAAGCCAAAACAUCGACAUCCAGGCUCUAGGGAUUGUCCCUGGAGGUGCUUCUCGGCCAGUAGCGCACGAUUUCUGCUCCAUCUCUAUUCCAAUCCACUUUUUCGCCGAUUAUACCGGCAACAAAAGCAGCCCUAAUCUCUUCUCCCGCGAUAUCAUCGAGCUUCUUCAUAGCAAGACGGGCUCGUAUCCACAUAUUCGCGUGGGCGGCACAUCAGCUGACCGAGCUAUCUACAAUGCCUCACAAACGAAGUCAAUCAUCCUCUCAGCAGAAUUCGAUAACGGAAUUCCACUAGAAGUCUACGUUGGCCCGACUCUUUUCGAGGGAUUCGAAAGUUUUCCUGGCGUUCCCUGGACAUUUCAGGUCAAUCUCGCAAAUAAUAAAAGCAAUGCUUUGGAAAACGCGCUUGCUGAGGCACGGGUCGCGUUGAGUCAUAUCAAGGGGAACCUGGUCGCACUAGAAAUCGGGAAUGAGCCCGAUUUAUAUCCCGGGGCUGUGCGGGCGUUGAAUUACUCGACUGCGGAUUAUCUUCGGGAGUGGACUUAUUUUGCUGAUGCCAUUUCUAAUCAGGUUAUGCGUGGGAAUUCUUAUGGGUUGGAUUAUUGGAGGAUUUUCCAGGCUUUGACCUUUGCCGAUAAAGGGGAUGGGUUCUCGACGGCUGAGGCUUUUCAUGAUGGGAUUGAUGAAACUGGUCAUGUUAAGACUGUUUCUCUACACCAAUACGCAUCUGGAAAUCAGGCAUGGGUUCGACUUCAAAAUUCAUUCAUGAACCACACUGCUAUCGCCGGGAAUUUGACUCAAUAUAUCCCCGACAUGGAGGCAACAUACGCUGCCGACCCUAGAAUCACAUUCCUGCUGGGCGAGACGAACAGCGACUACGUGAAUCUGAACAUGGCACAAGUGGAAGGUGUUUUUGGAAGCUCUCUUUGGCUGCUCGAUUAUUUACUCUAUGGAAUGAGCAUGAAUAUCAGCCGAUUUAAUCUUAUUCAAGGAACAACCUUCGGGUACACAGGCUGGAUUCCCGUAGAAUACAACGGCCAAGCUCCUGGCAUUAGACCACCACUAUAUGGCCAACUCGUGGCCGCCGAUGUCAUUGGUCGUCAUGAAAAUGUUCAAGUGCAAUCACUUGAUCUCGGCCUGUGGGAUCUAUCCGCAUACGCUGUCUAUGAGUCGGGCAUUUUGUCGCGAUAUGUUGUUAUUAACCUGGAUGAAUGGAAUGUCACAACGAGCUAUGCGCGUCCUACGCGGCAAGUUUCUCUCAGUGUUCCGCGGGAAGUACUCUCGGGUGAGAUUAUGAGGUUGUCUGGUCCCGGAGCUGGUUCCGAUACUGGUAUAACCUGGGGUGGAUAUAGCUGGAACUAUACUACUGGUGGAAGACUCGAGAAGUCUGGUGAACAGCAGACUCAGCUUGUCUAUCCGAGAGGCGGAUAUGUAAAUCUAGAUAUACCUUCGACUGAAGCUGUUGUGGUUGAGCUGCGAAGUUAG